GAUUCCGGAACGGAACGGAAAGGACCGGAAGUGUCUGCCUGGAGUUUGUCGAAGUGCUAACGGCUACGCUAAUGCAUUACAAAGCGCAAAUUGAGUCGUUGACUGAAUGUGUCAUCUCCAUCCAGGACACAAAUUUACACAUUAUCGCCAUGCUACUGCAGCAGUGAACAUUCUCCACGGCAAUAAAAGGAAACGACUACAUAUCCUUCUGCUUAUCCAAGCGGUGAAACUAGGCAGGUGUGAAUGACCGACGUGGUGCCUACCACCGCCCUCAGUGAAAUAAAGCUCCGCCUACUCUGCCACGAUGACAUAGAGAGAAUAAAAGUGCUCUGUGGAGAGUGGUUUCCCAUUGAGUAUCCAGACUCAUGGUACCAUGACAUCACAUCAAAUAAGAAGUUCUUCUCUCUGGCUGCCACCUAUAGAGGUGGAAUUGUGGGGAUGAUUGUGGCAGAAAUAAAAAGCAGAACGAAAGUGCACAAAGAGGAUGGAGACAUCUUGGCCUCCAGCUUUCCUGUUGACACUCAAGUUGCGUACAUCCUGAGUUUAGGAGUCGUGAAAGAGUUUCGAAAACAUGGAGUAGGCUCUUUGUUGCUGGACAGUUUAAAGGAGCACAUCUCCACCACGGCACAGGACCAUUGUAAAGCCAUCUACCUGCAUGUGCUCACCACCAAUAACACUGCCAUUCACUUUUAUGAGAACAGAGACUUUAAACAGCACCACUAUUUACCGUAUUAUUACUCGAUACGAGGAGUGCUGAAGGAUGGCUUCACCUAUGUCCUUUACAUCAAUGGUGGACAUCCUCCAUGGACUAUCUUUGAUUAUAUUCAUCAUAUAGGUUCGGCACUGGCCAGUCUGAGCCCCUGCUCUAUUCCUCAGAGAAUUUACCGGCAAGCACAGAAUCUCCUGCGCAGCUUUCUGCCAUGGUCGGGCAUCUCUUCCAAGAGUGGCAUUGAGUACAGCAGAACCAUGUGAGGAUUGAGGUCAGAACAGUGCAGGGUGGAAGAUGUUGAUUUGUUUGGGUCACAUCAGAUGCCUGGGUUGCUGAAGACUGAUAUCUACUCUCUCUGGUCUGGAGCAGUGUAUUAUACUUGUACAUUUUAUAUACAUACUUUAAUAUAUGCAUUGUCAUUAGUAGAUUGCCCUUUUAAUAUAAACUCUCCACUUCAUGCCUGUAAUUCUGCUGCUGUGUAGAAAUAUUCUAUUGUUUAUCCAGAUUUUUAAUAUAAAUAGAUUUUUUUAUUUGUGCCUGGUCUAUAUAGAUGAUUUUAGGAUUUGGUGGUAGAAGAAUGCAUACUUUUUCAUUUAGUCAUUUUCAUCCAUGUCAAGCUCUUGAGUUUUGUUUGUGCAGGAACACCUUGACACUAAGCAUGUAUUUCAGCGCCCAGUUUUAAGUUUAAUUUUUUUUUUUUUUUUUUAAAUAACAUUUGCACAGAGGCAAUGAAUGUAGUGUUGCUGUGAAGGGACAAAAAAGGCCACAGUUACAGAAAACCAUCCAUCUCACCAAAUGUGUAUUGUUAAUGUCAAAUGCAAAUGUGAAAACCUCUUUUAAAUUCAGAUCAUCUUAAUUUAGCUAGAGUAUUACAUCCUGCCAUUCCUUGCAAUGUACUUUGUUCUUUUAAAGGGGGAAAUGAAUGUAGUGGGGGAGACAUGUUUGAAUUUGGGUAUAUUGCUGUGAAUCAGGGAUUUACACACAAAAUAAACAUAUUUGAGAAAAAUGA